AUGAAGCAAGGCAGCACGGGGCACCACCAGGCUUUUGGUGCGGAGAAGGUGAAGCAUUGUCGAGGCUGCAACUUCCCCCUGGACGAGACGCUGAUUCACAUCGGCAGUUGCGAGGGAAGCUGUGACAUCGUACUCGUGGGCGUGGGCAUUACGCCUGAGAUGUGCGCAGUGCGCUGCUUGAAGGGAAACGAAGUGACGGUGGAGGCCUUGCCGUCCGAGGAUGGAAGCUCCGUGCGCGUGCUGCUCAAUGGCAAGUUCCUGAGGCCCGAGAAGCCACAGACUAUGCACCAUGGAGACUGCUUGAUCUUGGGCUACUCGCAUGCCUUCCGCCUUGUGGAGCCCUCGCCCGAGCGGAUCAAGCUGGCAGGCACCGCGGAAUCCUUGCAAGUGGCCCGCAGCACGAUCCCCAAGCUCGACGUGGCUUCGGCUUUUGAGGAGGCUGUCGAGGUAGAGGGCAAGCAAUUGGAGGACUCGGGUGGGCUCGUCAGCGCCUUCUCUUUCAUCAGCAACCUCAGCAAGCGAGCUUCCGACACCGCAGUCCGGGGCUUCCUCAGUGCCCUGCAUCACGUGCACCCGCUUGUGGAGGAAGCCAACGUGAUCACCAGGGAGGUUUUUGGCAACGCAGACCUGCACCUGGAGAUUCAGACCUUGACCGAUGUUCUCGACUUCAACAAUGACUCUCCGGAGAUUGUGAUUUGCUGCUUGGAGAAGCCUUCGCCUUUGGCGCGCUUUCAGCAGACAGUCAACACGGUCCAGCAAUGUCUCAAGAACCCCACGGCGCCCACCUCGUCGCAAGACUUGGCAGACAAGCGCUGGAUGCUGGGAUGCGCCAAACACCCGCUGGCUCAUGCCAUGGGCCUCGAUGAGCACAUGACCAUUCGCGGUCACGGCCACCUCCUGUCAAUCUGGUCUUUGGAAGAGUUCUUGCAGCGACUGAGCGAAAUCCGCGACCUUUACCAGGAAGCCUGUGAGACGGGAGAAGGAUUUGAAGGAACGCGCCAGUCCUUGGCCGCCCAUCCCUUCCAGAAUCCCUGGCACCAGAGCACCUUCACGCACAUGAAGGUCUUGGCAGAGGAAGCGGCGUCCAUCAGGACCAGCCCGUUGUUGAGGUGGCUACUGCGUAGCCCACCCAAAGCACCAAUCCAGCAAGCACCACCGCCAGGUGCAAGCAUUGGUGCCAUUGCGCAGGCAAACCCGGCCCUGGACCUCAAGCGGAGGCCCUCCGUGGCCGAGUCCUCUCCGAGUGCCUGCAGCUCAAGCCACCUCUUCCCGGUGGGCGGCGGAGACAAGGACAAGCAAUCUCCUACUCCGCGAACUGGCUUUUUCGAGGUGGACAACUCUCCACUUCCAAGCAUGACAUCUUACCUGAAAGGAUUGCUGACGGACCCUUCCAGUGCAGACCUACAGCUCGCCGUCACAGAGCCAUGCGAAGGACAGGAGCCUACCAUCGUCCCGGCUCACAGCAUCAUCUUGACAAGGCUGCCAUUCUUUCGUCGGCUGAUUGCCGAUCACCGAGCCAUUGGGAAGUCGCCGAUCAUUGUGCCUCACGCCCUUUCCGUAAUCAUUCUGCGGCAGCUUCUGGUCUAUGCCUACACUGACAGCGUCAAGGAAGCUACCGCAACACUGUCUCCGAACAUGCUGCGGCAGCUACAGAAGGCGGCGUCGAACUGUGGCAUGCCAGACCUUUGCAAGGCGUGCUGCCAGAAGCUGAGCGAGUCGGAGGCCCCGAAGCCGGCGGUUGUGAGCCAAGGUGGUCAAGUAGUGAAGCGGCGCAUCUCCAGCACUUCCCAGACACAGGCCGUCCAGGCUCGGCCUUCGCAAUCGUCCGACCGUGGACUGCCAGUGCUCCUGAGCAAGAAGUCAUCCCUGAGCGAGAGCUCCGCUGGUGGCAGCACAAGGCUGAAGAACACGGUCGGCGCUGAUAAGCCUGACAAGUCCAUACGUGCCAGUGAUGCUCGGCUGGAUGCCGUGGAUCGCGGAAGCUCCAGUAACACGCCUCUGUGUCUGGAGUCUGGCUCCAGCCUUGGUGUCCCAAUGGAGGGUAGGGAGUCCGAGAACAGCCGCGCAAAAGUUCGGCUCAGCUCAGGAAGCCUCCGCGCUUUUGCGGAUGAGAUGUCGGAGCUCCGGCGCAUCCUCCUGGCACAGCCGAAGGCGGAAGGGCUGGGAGACGUGCCGAAGCGUGCCACCGAACUGCUGGAGGACUUGCAGAUGAGCAUGAUGGAGACCAUCAGGAAUGAGUUCAAGGGGCUGAAAGAGGCGCAAGAGGAGAAGCAGGGCCCGGAGACGUCGCUGUCGACGCUCGCUGUGGGCAUCACCUCCCAGAUUCACAACCUCCGGGAUGAUUUGCUGUCCAUCUUGCACGCCAACCCCUCCCAGGCAAGCGCCUGCAGUUCCACCCGAAAUUCCUGCAGCCCGCCCCCGCGCAUGGUAGCCAUGUCGCGGGAGGAAUCCCCGGUACCCUUGCUGAGGGUAGCAACCCAGGCUCCCGCAACAGGCUUCUCCACGGAGCCCGUUGCACGCGCCACCACAGCCUCGCCUACCCCAGAAGGCCGGCUGUCCCCGGCACCGCCCCUUUCUCAGUCCCUCCCGUGCUCCAUAUCGGGCUCCAUGCCGGGCUCCGUGAUGCCAGCAACUCCCCACCUUCGCAGCGACCUUCGCAUGUCCAAGCCCUUGCAACGGCUGGUGGUUCACGCGUCUACUGGCCAGCUGCCUGUUGCCGGCCGCUCUCCGUCGCCUCCCGCAAUGUACAGCCCUUACGUGGUCCCCUCCUACCAGAAGCCCGUGGCAAGGGCACCGGCAAGGCCGCAAGCUCGCUCCAUGUCACCGCUCCCACGGGCCAGCUACCUGCCAAUGGCACCUCGCAAUCGCCAGACAGGAUGGCUUCAGCACUCGAUGCCAGUCGGGGCUCCGGUUUCGGUGCGAUUUUCGCCGAGCCCCCGUCAGGCGCAUAUAAUGUCUGCCACAACAAUUCACGGCGCCGGUCCUUUCCAGCCACUGCAGGAGCCAGUGGCCGUCGACACACGGAAAGCCCCGACACCGCCGUCCAACACCGCUGUGGUGCCUUCAAGGGUGGAGAGUAUGACCAAGCCCCAUGCCCAUGCAGAGUCGGUGGAGUCUCUGAGCGUGUAG